AUGUCCGCACUGACGUUAGCAAAGCUAAUGGAAUCUGUGCGGAAAGCUUUAGUAGGCCAAGUAGGGAAAAUAGAAGCAAGAUACUGGUUAGAUAGUAUUACAAUAUUAUAUUGGAUUCAGAAUCGCGGUGAGUGGAAACAAUUUGUUAGACAUAGAGUAAAUGAAAUCUUAGCAAUAACACAGAAGGAGAAGUGGGGAAAUUGUCCAGGAAUGGAGAAUCCAGCUGAUUUAAGAAGCAGGGGAGUGUUUGCGUCAAAGAUACGUGAGCAAUCACUUUGGUGGACAGGACCAAGGUGGCUGAGUAGCGUAGAAAGAGAAUGGCCGCAAUCAGAGGUAGGCGUAACUGAGGAGAGUAAAGAAGAAGAAAAGCGAAAGGCAUUAUUAGUAGUAGAUACUAACAAAGAUAUAGGUAUUCAGAACGUGAUCUCUAUAGAGAGGCACAGUAGGGUUGAGAAAUUAUUUCUGGUAACGGCAUGGGUCACACGGUUUGUCAGGAAUUUGAUCGCUAGGAUCAAAGGGAAACAUGAAGAUUUGACCUUCACGGAAUUAGGGAGUCAGGAGAUAAAUGAAGCAGAAAAACUUUGGUUGAAGGCUUCACAACAAAGGCUAAAGAAGGAGGAUAAGUUCAAGCAGUUAGAGGUACAACUCAAGGUAGUAGAAGAUGAGGGGUUACUAAAAUGUCAGGGUAGGCUAGCAGAAUCAGACUUGGAAGAGGAAACGAAGUUUCCAAUCUUAUUACCAAAGGAAGGUAGAUUGACGGAAUUAAUAGUUGAGCAUUGCCACAAAAAAGUACAUCAUAGCGGAAAUAGGGCAACUUUAGCAGAGAUAAAGUCAAGGUUCUGGAUUCCACAAGUUAGACAGAAGGUAAAAUCAAUUCUCAACAAAUGUGUCGUGUGUAAGAAAUUAAAGAGUAAGCCAUAUAAUAGACCUAACGAAGCAAACCUUCCGGCAUUUAGAGUAUAG